GCUGCUCCGCUCUCACUCUGUCCACACGCCACACACACACCCGCACUCACCUGUUCCACUCCCCCGCCCCCCUCUUUCGACCUUACUGCGACCGCGACCGCUCCCGUUCCGUUUCGUCGUUUUUUUUUCUCGUUUCGAUUCAGUUGCCGUUUUAACUCCGCGCGAGAAGCGGAAACUUUUGUUGGUCCGCUGUGGAAAUCGAAAAAAAACGAAAAUUAAACGUUGCAGUGCUGCAACUCGGAACCCCAUCGUAUCGUUUGGCGCCAAAUUUUGAAUUGCAUAUCCGCUGGCGGAUUGAUUUGACCCAAAGUUUUCCUUCCCGCCCCCCGCGAAUUUUCAACACCCCGCGCUGCGACUCCCAUGGCAGCUAGCAAAUUCCAUUGCGGCAAGCAAACGAUAGCCACACAUUCACAUUUCGAUGCGACAUGUGCGAAAAUCCGAGCCUUUUACUUUGACCUGGACAACACGUUGAUUCCCACGCGGACCGGCGAUUCCAAGGCGAUCAGAAAGCUUGCCGACGUUUUGGAGAGUCAGUACCAGUUCAGCAAAGAUGACGCCGCUCAGUCCACCCAGAACUUCCUGAAGGCCUUCCGGCGUUGUCCGGACAACUCGCAGACAUCGCUGGACUCGUGGCGCACGCACCUGUGGCGCGAAUCCCUUCCGGCGCGUCACAAACACCUGGCGGAGCAGAUCUAUCCGCAGUGGCUGAAAUUGCGUUAUCGUUAUCUGGCAGUUCCGGCGGAUUAUGUCCAACUAUUGCUGCGGAUGCGUCAGGCGGGCUAUGCCCUGGCCCUCAUCACCAACGGACCAUCGAAAGCCCAGUGGGAAAAGGUGGCCAAGUUACAUGUACGCGGCUACUUUGACUGCAUCCUGGUCUCCUCGGAUCUGCCGUGGGAGAAGCCGCAUCCGGAGAUCUUCAAUGCCGCCUGCUAUUUCCUCAAGGUCAAGGCGGAGGAGUGCGCCAUGAUUGGCGACAAACUGGAGACGGACAUUAUGGGUGGUCACUUGGCCCAACUGGGUCUCACCUUCUGGACGCCACUAAGCAAUAGCAGCUCAGCGUCGCAAUCGCUGGAGGAUGUGGAGUACAAGCCGCAUGUAAAGCUGGCUAGCCUGCUGGAGAUGUACAAGUACUUCCCGCGCCUCAAUGCCGUCGCACCACCGGACACGCCAUCGACCUCCAGGCGACGUGGCAGCCACAUGAGUCCCAGUGGCCAGAGCUUCAGUAGCGGGAGCAGCUCGAGCUCGAGUUGCGAGCCAGGCAGUGGUCAUGGGUACCAUCACCAUCUUUACCAGCAGCAGCUACAGCAGAGACCGCGACCUUAUCGACGCGGCACUUCAAUGCCCGCCAUGGAUUGCUCCAAUAGCGAGGCGGAGAACAGCUGCGACAGCUUCCUCUAGACGGAGCAAGGGAGGAAGGAUCCAAGGGAUCGAACGGAUCAGAACGGAUCGAUCGGGAGAUUGUUGAAAAAAUGUACCUUCAGUUUACAAAACUAUAGCUAAAGAGGAUCGUAGAGAGGAAGUAAUAAUCACAGAUGGACAAAGGACAGCCAGGAGAAUUGGAAACGAAUGCAGGAAUACAAAGUUCAACUAUUAGCGGGAGGAGCCCGGAAACACGGUGAAUCUCGAUAUCUGCCAUUAGACUAAAAUUAAGGCUAGCUAAACAGCAUCGGAGCACACAAACUACAGCAUACAAGCAGAGUAACUAAGAAAUCGAGGACAGGAAGCAAAGCAAACCAAAUGUAUUUUUCUAAGCGAAUUUUCUGUCACAUAUUUUGUAAAUUGAUAUAACACGCAACUAAAAGUACGUCAAGGUAAACGCAAAAUAUAAAAAAAAGUGAAAACGAUAAAGUAAAUCAGGCAAAAACCACAACACGAACCUUUUGAGACACUGGCGAACCAAAAAAAAAAAAGAAAAGAGAAGGAAAAAUAACAAAUCUGUAGUUAUAGCAUGGCGAUGGAUGUACGUGAAUGUUAACUAUUGUCUUAGUCGUAGCCUUUAGUCGGGUAACACUCUGUUGGCAAAUUGUUAUUUGCAACCACCACCUCCUCCCCCUUAACCCACGUUCCCACCCCCAUGUCCCGCCCACAAGCCCCAGGUUAUUCCGCACCCACAAGAAAAGCAUCGUUGAUGAUAUAGAUGGUAUAUAUGCCACCACGCGCAUGUUGAAGCACUGUUGAUCAUGGAUAUGGAAAAUAAAUGACACUGCAAAGCUAA